GGGCGGGCCCCUGGCUGCCCCCAGCCGGGAAACGCCGGGUAAUGAGAUGCUAAUGAGGUGUGAAUAAAGCCUCUGCGUGCCGCGUGCCCUGGUGCGGCAGCCCACUCCCUGCGCGCAGCCCUGAAAUCCCGGCUUUUGGUCUGCGCCUCCUUCACCUGCCUUCCUUCGUCCCCGUCCCCCAACCCGCCGGACUGGGACGCCCGCCUGGCAGGAAGCGGCCCCUACGGGCUCCCGAACCCCCGGGUGACCUGCGGCGUUGAUUUUCAUCUCCUGCUUCGGCCCGGCCGCUGGGCUCGGGCAGGGACCGGUGAGGCGACCGAGCAGCGUGAGGGGGAUCAGCCCAAGGAUCUCCCCCAAUGAGUGCCACCCACCUUCCCGAACUCCCCCGUGGGCAGUUCUCCAGGAAUCCCCGUGCCCUCUGAUUCCUCCGGGUCCCAGCGUGAGAAAGCUCUCUCCAACACCCCUCAAGUUGCGUGGGGGCCCGAGCGAGGGAGAAGGGGACAAAGGGAGGCCUUGUCUCGGGAGAUUCCUGGGAGAGCAUGCAGGGAUGGGGUGGGGCGUCGAUGGGAGUGAGAGGAAGCUGGGAGGGGCGAACCCUGCUGCCCUGUCGCCACCCCCCCAGUCCCCUAACCGUACUGUGGCCCACUGGAGCGGUGGCAAGUCACAAGGGAAGUAUUUUGACCACAGUGAGUCAGAAAUAGACCCAGUUGUGUGUUACUCAGUCAGAUGCAACAUCCUGGGGCUGUUCCUUGCAGUAUUUUGGUGGUGGGAAGUGGAACCUACGGGGUCAGAGACCAUCUCCUCCCCGUGGUGAGGUAAUGAGCAGUGCCAAGGAGGAGAACUUUGCCCCUGGAAUAAGAUGCACCCCACACCCAGCGUCGCACUGAGUCCCUCGAGGGUGCUGGACACAGGGAGCCUUGGGGUGAGAUGGGGCAGUACAUGUGCCUAGCAGCUGGGGUUGCCGGUGUUAGACCUGUCCCUGUCUGUAGUGCACGGAAAGCUCUCUUCCUGGGCACCCUGCCCUCUUCACAUCCGAGAAAUUCCCCGUGCCCUGCUACUAGGGCCUCGAGAAGGCAGGGUAAGAAUUCCUGUCCCCUGGGCCCCAGAGAUGGAGCAGGGCUUGGAGAUCCCUGAGCAAGAAGGCUGAGCUGGAGGCUCCCUGGCUUUCCGCAUGCCCUCUGUGCCCAGGACUGCUGAUUUUUCAUUUCCAAAUUUGGCAAAUUUCACUUGGAGUGGAAGGGAUAGCAGUUGUCUCUGGAGCAGCUGGCAGAGAGGAGCGGAGCCAAUCAGGGAUGGACCUGGAGCUCCCUGGGGAUACCAGACUUUCUCCUCCUCCCCUGCCUUUUCCCUUCCUCCUUUCUCCAGCCUCUUCCCUUCUCUUCCUUCCUUCUCUCCAGCAGCCACGUGCCCCUGCCCCUCCCUGGGCGCCUCAGAGGUCUCCAUGGCCUCACCCACCUCCACCAACCCAGCGCAUGUCCACUUUGAGAGCAUCCUGCAGGCCCAGCUGUGCCAGGAUGUGCUGAGCAGCUUCCAGGGGCUAUGCAGGGCCCUGGGGCUGGAGCCUGGUGGGGGGCUGCCCCAGUACCACAAGAUGAAGGCCCAGCUCAACUACUGGAGUGCCAAGUCGCUGUGGGCCAAGCUGGACAAGAGAGCAAGCCAGCCUGUCUACCAGCAGGGCCGGGCCUGCACCAGCACCAAGUGCCUGGUGGUGGGUGCCGGACCUUGUGGGCUGCGGGCUGCUGUGGAGCUGGCGAUGCUUGGGGCCCGAGUGGUACUGGUGGAAAAGCGCACCAAGUUCUCUCGCCACAACGUGCUCCACCUCUGGCCCUUCACCAUCCAUGACCUUCGGGCACUCGGCGCCAAGAAGUUCUAUGGGCGCUUCUGCACAGGCUCCCUGGACCACAUCAGCAUCCGGCAACUUCAGCUGCUUUUGUUGAAAGUGGCAUUACUGCUGGGGGUGGAAAUUCACUGGGGUGUCACUUUCACUGGCCUUCAGCCCCCUCCCAGAAAGGGGAGUGGUUGGCGUGCCCAGCUCCAGCCCAGUCCCCCAGCCCAACUGGCCAACUAUGAAUUUGAUGUCCUCAUCUCUGCAGCUGGAGGUAAAUUCGUCCCUGAAGGCUUCACAGUGCGGGAAAUGCGCGGCAAACUGGCCAUUGGCAUCACGGCCAACUUUGUGAACAGGCGCACCGUGGAAGAGGCACAGGUGCCCGAGAUCAGCGGCGUGGCCAGGAUCUACAACCAGAGCUUCUUCCAGAGCCUGCUUAAAGCCACAGGCAUUGAUCUGGAGAACAUCGUGUACUACAAGGAUGACACCCACUACUUUGUGAUGACAGCCAAGAAGCAGUGCCUGCUACGGCUGGGGGUGCUGCGUCAGGACUGGCCGGAGACCGACCGGCUGCUGAGCAGCGCCAAUGUGGCGCCCGAGGCUUUGCAGCGCUUUGCUCGGGCAGCUGCCGACUUCGCCACCCACGGCAAGCUUGGGAAGCUGGAGUUUGCCCAGGAUGCCCACGGGCGGCCCGACGUCUCUGCCUUUGACUUCACAAGCAUGAUGCGGGCAGAGAGCUCUGCUCGGGUGCAGGAGAAGCAUGGCGCCCGCCUGCUGCUGGGGCUGGUUGGGGACUGCCUGGUGGAGCCCUUCUGGCCCCUGGGCACUGGAGUGGCCCGGGGCUUCUUGGCAGCCUUUGACGCCGCCUGGAUGGUGAAGCGCUGGGCAGAGGGCGCUGGGCCCCUAGAGGUGUUGGCAGAGAGAGAGAGCUUGUACCAGCUCCUGUCACAGACAUCCCCAGAAAACAUGCACCGCAAUGUGGCCCAGUAUGGGCUGGACCCAGCCUCCCGCUAUCCCAACCUGAACCUCCGGGCCGUGACCCCCAGUCAGGUACGAGACCUGUAUGAUGUGGAGGCUAAGGAGCCUGUGCGGAGAACGAGUGACAAGACAGACUCAGGAAAGCCGGCCACUGGGUCGGUGGCCACCCAGGAGGAGCUUCUACACUGGUGCCAGGAGCAGACGGCUGGGUACCCAGGGGUCCAUGUCACCGACCUGUCUUCCUCCUGGGCGGAUGGGCUGGCCCUGUGUGCCCUCGUGCACCGGCUGCAGCCCGCCCUGCUGGAACCCUCAGAGCUGCAGGGAGUCGGGGCUCUGGAAGCGACUUCUUGGGCGCUGAAGAUGGCAGAGCAUGAGCUGGGCAUCACGCCCGUGUUGUCCGCACAGGCAAUGGUGGCAGGGAAUGACCCACUGGGCCUCAUUGCCUACCUCAGCCACUUCCAUAGUGCCUUCAAGAGCACACCUCACAACCCAGGUGACCCGGAGGCGGCAGGCCCAGUCAGCCAAGGCUCCCCGGGCACUGCCAGCGCUGUACUGUUCCUUGGCAAACUGCAGAGGACCCUGCAACGGACCCGGGCCCAGGGAAACGGGGAGGAUGCUGGUGGCAAGAAGCCUCGUGUGGAGGUAGAGGCUGAGACCCCAAGUACUGAGGAGCCACCUGUCCCAGAGCCUGAUGUACCAGUGACACCCCCAUCCCAAUACCAGGAGGCCAGUGCCGAGGAUCUGUGUGCACUGUGUGGGGAACACCUCUAUAUCCUGGAACGCCUCUGUGCCAAUGGCCGUUUCUUCCACCGGAGCUGCUUCCGUUGCCAUAUCUGUGAGGCCACAUUAUGGCCAAGUGGCUACGGGCAGCACCCAGGAGAUGGACAUUUUUACUGCCUCCAGCACCUGCCCCAGCCAGGCCACAAAGAGGAUAGCAGCGACAGAGGCCCUGAGAGUCAGGACCUUCCCCCACACAGUGAGAGUAACAUGCCAUCACGCCCCUCGAUUCCCGUGGCCCCCCAGGAGGGGACCAGUCCUGUCCCAAGCCAGCCCCCCCGUCGGCUGAUCCGCCUCUCCAGCCCAGAACGCCAGCGGUUAUCCUCCCUUCAUCUCACCCCUGACCCGGAAAUGGAGCCUCCACCCAAGCCCCCCCGAAGCUGCUCCGUCUUGGCCCGCCAGGCCCUAGAGGGAAGCUUUGUGCGCUGGGGAAUGCCAGUCCAGAGCCCUCAAGUUCUUGUGGCCGUGGAGAAGGAGGAAGAAGCGAGUCCCUGCUCCAGUGACGAGGAAGCAGAGGAAGACGUGCCGUUGGACUCACACACGGAACAUGUUCUGCAGAACUUAGCUAAGAACUCGGGCACGAUGAACAGUUACCCAACGUGGCGUCGGACUCUGCUGCGCCGUGCUAAGGAAGAGGAGAUGAAGCGGUUCUGCAAGGCUCAGGCCAUCCAACGGCGACAAAAUGAGAUCGAGGCCGCCCUGAGGGAGCUGGAGGCCAAGGGCACGGAGCUGGAGCUGGCUUUGAGGAGCCGGAGCAAUUCCCCUGAACAGCAAAAGGCACUAUGGCUAGAACAGUUGCUACAGCUUGUUCAGAAGAAAAACAGCCUGGUGGCCGAGGAGGCUGAGCUCAUGAUCACGGUGCAGGAGCUGAACUUGGAGGAGAAACAGUGGCAGCUGGACCAAGAACUGCGAACCUACAUGAACCGGGAAGAAACCCUGAAGACAGCUGCUGACCGGCAGGCUGAAGACCAGGUUCUGAGGAAGCUAGUGGACGUGGUGAACCAGCGAGAUGCCCUCAUCCGCUUCCAGGAGGAACGCAGGCUCAGCGAGCUGGCCUCGGGGCCAGGGCCCCAGGGCUAGAAGAGGGUAGGCUGCCUGUCUUCUCUGCAAGGAAGACUGCCUCACCCCAGGACAGUGCCACCCUGUUCAUCGGGGCUGCCUGGGAGAGGCCUCGCUGUUUACAAUAAAAAAGCUUCUGCUGUAAA